AUUUACACCAUUCCCGUAGCAGGAGGACUUCACGCCGCGGGCGUCUUGCAGACUUGAGGAGGGAGCUAACGAAGCCGACGUUCGUAUUUACACGGGCUUUAUGGUGCUCCAUCAGCAUUUAUGUGAGAAACACAACUGAGUGGCGGCGAUCGCUGGUGAUCACAUAAGUGGCACACACCCUCCCUAAGCUGCCUUUCUUUCUUUCUCUCUUUGGUUGCUCGGCUCGCAGCAGUAACAGAAACACUGAUGUUGUAGAACACGAUAAAAGCGCGUGUGAAAGCCUGGGGUUCUUGGUGUGGCUGAAUUCUUCCUGGAUCUGAACGGUAUAUUCAGAAGACUGAAGCCCAGACUGACAGUCUACCUUUCACGGAAGCCCAGCCGUGAGAGGAGAGAGGAAGGCACCUGGCAGAUCAUGACAACCGACAAAGACAAGGAGCGGGAGCGCGAAAGGGAUCGGCGGGACAAGGUCCGGGAAAGUGAGAGCGCCCGGCCGCGGCGCAGCUGUACCCUUGAGGGUGGUGCCCGGAACUAUGCCGAGAGUGACCACAGCGAAGAUGAAGAUAACGACGGUGGUGGAGCUGCUGCUGCCGCUGAGGAGGCAGCCAAAAAGGGCAAGAAGAAGACACCCAAGAAGAAGUCCCGUUACGAGCGCACUGAGAAUGGCGAAAUCACCUCCUUCGUUACUGAGGAUGAUGUGGUCUACCGGCCAGGCGACUGUGUGUACAUUGAGAGCCGCCGACCCAACACGCCCUACUUCAUCUGUAGCAUUCAGGACUUCAAGCUCAGUAAACGGGACCAUCUGCUGAUGAACGUCAAGUGGUACUACCGGCAGUCAGAGGUGCCCGACUCCGUAUACCAACACCUGGUGCAGGAUCGCAACAAUGAGAAUGACUCGGGCAGAGAGCUGGUCAUCACAGACCCGGUGGUGAAGAGUCGCGAGCUCUUCAUCUCAGACUAUGUGGACACUUACCAUGCUGCUGCCCUCAGAGGGAAGUGUAACAUCACCCACUUUUCUGACAUAUUUACUGCUCGGGAGUUCAAAGCAAACAUCGACUCCUUCUUCUACAUCUUGGGAUACAACCCGGAGACCAGGCGACUCAACAGCACUCAGGGGGAGAUCCGGGUAGGCCCGAGUCACCAGGCCAAGCUUCCCGAACUGCAGCCCUUCCCAUCUCCUGCUGGCCACACAGUGACCGAGAAAGAAGAGCUGGUGUGGAUGCCGGGGGUUAACGAUUGCGACCUGCUGAUGUACCUGCGAGCGGCCAGGAGCAUGGCAGCAUUUGCAGGAAUGUGUGAUGGGGGAUCCACUGAGGAUGGUUGUUUGGCUGCUUCUCGAGAUGAUACUACACUUAAUGCAUUAAACACAUUACAUGAGAGCAGCUAUGAUGCUGGCAAGGCUCUCCAGCGUCUGGUGAAGAAACCAGUGCCCAAACUGAUUGAGAAGUGCUGGUCUGAGGAUGAAGUGAAGCGGUUCAUUAAAGGUCUUAGGCAGUACGGCAAGAACUUCUUCAGGAUCCGCAAAGAACUGCUGCCCAACAAGGAGACGGGGGAACUGAUCACUUUUUACUACUACUGGAAGAAGACCCCCGAGGCAGCAGGUUCACGUGCCCACCGGAGGCAUCGCCGUCAGCCCGUCUUCCGACGGAUCAAGACACGCACAGCCUCUACUCCUGUCAACACUCCAUCCCGGCCACCCUCUAGCGAGUUCUUGGACCUCAGCUCGGCCAGUGAGGAUGACUUUGACAGCGAGGACAGCGAGCAGGAGCUGAAAGGCUACGCUUGCCGUCACUGCUUCAGCACCACCUCCAAGGACUGGCACCACGGGGGCCGGGAGAACAUCCUGCUUUGCACCGACUGCCGCCUCCACUUCAAGAAGUACGGAGAGCUACCACCUAUUGAGAGGCCAGUUGACCCACCUCCCUUCAUGUUUAAACCUGUCAAGGAGGAGGAGGAUGGACCUGGCGGGAAGCACAACAUGAGAACCCGGCGCAGUCGUGGUUCGAUGUCCACUCUGCGGAGCGGCCGCAAAAAGCAAUCGGGAAGCCCCGACGGCCGCGCCUCACCACCAACAGAGGACCAGCAUUCCAUUGGACGAGCCUCUCCCAGUGCCGGUAGCACCUCCAGCACAGACAGCAAAGCCGACUCCAUUAAGAAGGCCAGCAAGAUAAAGGAUGAGGUGCCUUCCUCCAUGAAGAGGGCAAAGAGACAGCGGGAUAAGGGAACUUCAGACACAGAGGAACCAGAAAGGGCCACUUCCAAGAAGUCCAAGACCCAGGAGCUAAGUCAUCCAGAUUCCCCAUCAGAAGGCGAGGGUGAAGGCGAGAGUUCAGACGGUCGCAGUGUGAACGACGAAGGCAGCAGUGACCCCAAGGAUAUCGAUCAGGACAACCGCAGCUCAUCACCCAGUAUCUCCAGCCCCCGUGACAACGAGAGCGACUCAGACUCCUCUGCUCAGCAGCAGGCACCACAAGCACAGCACCCUCCUAUCAUUCAGAUGCCCCCAACCACAUCGACUGCUGCCACCACCUCUUUGGCACCACCCGUAUCUGGGACUUCUGCUGUUUCCCCCCAACCAUCUUCAUCUAUGCUAACCACUUCCAUGCAACCACUCAUCCAGUCUGGGACACCCCUGCAACCCCAAAGAGUACCCUCCCCCAGCUUGUCCCUGCAGGGUCUUCCUCAGGGUCAAGUUUCUUCUCAGACAGGCAGCCAACCACUGCAUUCUCCUCUGCACACACAGUUGCCACCCUUGCCUCACCAACCGCAAGGUGGCUCUGCCCACCUGCCACCCCCACACACCUUGUCGUCCCAACCCUACUCAUUGUCCUCCCAUUCUCAGGUUUCCCUGACACCUUCUGUCCCCAGUCAGGCCACGCAGCGGUCCCACACACCCCCUUCACAGGUGCAAGCUCCCUCUCAAGGCCCACCCCGGGAGCAGCCGCUUCCCCCCACACCGAUGUCCAUGCCCCACAUCAAGCCUCCACCCACCACCCCUAUUCCACAGAUUUCCAACCCACAGUCUCACAAGCACCCCCAGCAUCUUGCAGCACCCCCCUUCCCGCAGAUGCCUUCCAAUUUGCCUCCACCACCAGCCCUAAAACCCUUGAGUUCCCUGUCCACACACCACCCACCCCCAGCACAUCCACCCCCGCUACAGCUCAUGUCCCAGAGCCAGCCACUGCCUCCCCCUGUGCUUACACAGUCCCAAAACCUCCCCCCAGCCCCUCCCGCUAGUUCUGCCUCUCAGGCUCCAUUCCCUCCCCAUCCUUUCCUCCCAACAGGCUCUUCAGCUUCAUCUACCUCUGUGCCCCUGCCUGCCUCUAUGAACACCCCUUGCCCAGGACCUUCAGCUUCCCUGGCUGUGCAGAUCAAGGAGGAGCCUUUGGAUGAUCCAGAGGAGCCAGAGAGCCCACCCCCUCCACAGAGGAGCCCUUCCCCCGAGCCAACAGUGGUCAACACCCCAAGUCACGCCAGCCAGUCUGCACGGUUCUACAAGUACUUGGACCGGGGCUACAACUCAUGUGCUCGGACAGACCUGUACUUCACGCCGUUGGCAGCCUCCAAGCUGGCUAAGAAGAGGGAGGAGGCCCUGGAGAGGGCCAAGCGGGAAGCAGAGCAGAAGGCUCGUGAGGAGAAGGAACGGGAGAGGGAGAAAGAGCGGGAGAGAGAGCGAGAGAGGGAGGCAGAGCGAGCCACUAAAGCUUCCAGUUCAUCCCAUGAUAGCCGGAUAGGUGAGCCCCAGAUGCCUGGUCCUACUCAUCUGCGGCCAUCGUUCGAGCCACCGCCCACCACCAUUGCCGCAGUGCCGCCCUACAUUGGGCCAGACACACCUGCCCUGCGCACACUCAGCGAGUAUGCAGCCCGGCCACACGUCAUGUCACCCUCCAACCGCAACCACCCGUUCUUUGUGUCACUCAACCCAGCUGACCCGCUGAUGGCGUACCACAUGCCGGGUCUCUAUAGUACUGACCCAGCCAUGCGCGAGCUGCGGGAGCGAGAGCUGCGGGAGCGCGAAAUCCGGGAGAGGGAGUUGCGGGAGAGGAUGAAGCCCGGGUUUGAGGUGAAGCCUCCAGAGCUGGACGGUCUGCAUCCAAGCGCCAACCCCAUGGAGCACUUUGCACGCCAUGGCGCGCUGUCAUUGCCACCCAUGGCUGGCGCACACCCUUUUGGCCCGUUUCACCCAGGCCUUAAUCCACUGGAACGGGAGCGACUGGCACUGGCUGGCCCACAACUGAGGCCUGAGAUGAGCUACGGCGAGCGGCUGGCAGCUGAGCGCUUGCACGCCGAGCGCAUGGCCUCCAUGGCUAAUGACCCCAUCGCCCGGCUGCAGAUGUUCAACGUGACACCGCACCACCAUCAGCACUCGCACAUCCACUCACACCUACACCUGCACCAGCAGGACCCUCUACAUCAAGGUGGUGGUGGUGAAUGUCUUGUGUGUUCUCCAGGGUCUGGGGCCCACCCGCUGAUAGACCCCUUGGCUGGCCCACACUUGACCCGGUUCCCCUACCCCCCUGGUGCCAUCCCCAAUCCCUUGCUAGGACAGCCACCUCAUGAGCACGAGAUGCUGCGCCAUCCAAUGUUUGGAGCACCAUACCCACGGGAGUUACAAGGGGCACUGCCACCCCCCAUGUCAGCUGCACACCAGCUGCAGGCUAUGCAUGCACAGUCAGCAGAGCUGCAGCGCCUAGCUAUGGAACAGCAGUGGAUUCAUGGACACCACCACAUGCAUGGGGGGCCACUGCCUGGGCAGGAGGACUACUACAGUCGUCUGAAGAAAGAGAGUGACAAGCAGUUGUAACCCUUGGAGAGAGGAUGAGAACACAGUUUCACAGAGCACACGAAGUUGCAAAAGGACAGAUUCGGCAUGAUGGCAUCCUCUGAAAACAUCUUUUUUUCCCCCCCCCUUUCAGGAUAUCUUUGUUUUUAACAAAAAAGACUUAAUUUGGUAUACAGCAUCAAAGUAGCAGCCAUGUUCAAAGGACUGACAUGACUUCCCUGCAUGAAAUAUAUUCAGAGGCUGUCCUGGCAUUUCUGUAGGUGCUAGUAUGCAAGACUCUUUCACUGUGUUUAAUGAAAACAGAAAGAACAGCUGGGCCAUUACAUUGGAAGUUUUUGAAGUGCUGUCUUUAAAUUUAUUUUAUUACAUUGUAAGAAGUCUCUAAGGAAAGCUGCAGCAUGGUAUUUUAGAUCUGUAAAUAAUAUAUAAAUAUAUAAAUAUAUAAAAAAAAUAUAUAAAUAUUAUAGUUAUUACUAUUGUUAUUAUUGUGAGGUGUGGAUUCUUACCAGAGGUUUUAGACCUCCAUUAUUACUGAUUAGUAUCAGUAUCCCUUUGUUUCAGAGGGGAGCACAGUGGCAUUAAAUGGUUCCUCCUCAGCUGGAUGCAGCUCAUGAAAGGGGAAGCGGGAUUUGCGUGUUCACCCUGUGAUUGUGCAGCUCUCAGUUGGCAGUGCUCACGGUUUCCCCCGGGGACAGCAUGCUGCAGUGAGCCUUGGGUUAGUAGCCCUGCUUACAGUGCAUGCUAUUCCAUAGCCCUGGGUGGUACAAGUGCACUUUCACACUCUGCAUUGUCCUUAACCAAAGCUUUCAUUAGUUUGGGAAAAGCCCUUGUGAAAUGUUAAUUGGAAUAAAUAAGCAACUGUUCAUAUACUGUGGCAACAAAAACCACAGUACUGGUACAAACAGAAGCUUUUUUCACCCCAUUUCAAAAAGAUGGUCUUGUAAACAUGAUCUUUUCAAAGAGAAAAGUACUUACCGUAGAGACAUUUGGGUCCUCUUGUCGCAGUUACACUAUUUUUGUAUUCAAGUUUGUUUUUAUAAGAGUAAGUCUGCUUGUUGGUGCUAUUCAGGAACCAAUGGCAAAGCUCCCGUUCUCUUCAGGUGUUUGCUACUUUGGAAGUUGGAGUAAGGUCUGUGCUUCUUGAGCUGCUCGUUCCACGAAGUGGGGGGUGAGGACACAAUCCCCUUGGAAGAGAACAGGCUUUUCAAGUUUGUUUCUUCAUUCCACAGUCUCUUUAAGGUGUGUGUGUGUGUGUGUGUGUGUGUGUGUGUGUGUGUGUGUGUAAGCACAUGCAUAUGUGCAGAUAUGUACAUUGUACUCUACCAGUAUCAGAUUUUUAGCUAUAGCCUGUCACAUGACCUAUUUGUUAAACUGUUUUAUAGUUUAAGGGCAAUUCCCCAUUUAUCAUUUACUGCUGUGAACAAAGUACUGCAAUUUAAUGAAUUGCUUUUGUAGUAUUAACUUCAUUACCAUUACAGUUGAACAGUUAAUAUACAUCUGUUUAGACAUUUCAUUAACAGCGGUUUAGCAUUAAAAUCAGCCCCAGGUUUAAAAAGAACAGUUAUCUAACCAUUUGAUUUCUGUUUAAGGUGCAAAUGCAUUAUUUACUUCCUCAGUCUUUCCAUUUACCAGUCUGUCUUGUGCCAUGUCAUAAGCAUUUUUCCUCUAUCUUCCUCUCUUCUUUGGUCUCAAGCCUUUGAUGUUAAGUGUUGUCAAUGGUUUAGCUUGUUGUUUCAAAUCGGCAAUAGCAGAAUGUGUAUUCUGACUGCUAAAAUUUAUAUAUACCGGUAUCUUAAAGCUUAUUGUAUAUAUUAGUAGUUUGCCAUGGGAUGAAACAAUGGAAACAAAAAGUAGAAAUGAGAACCGAGUCCUGUGUUUUCUCCGUUUUGAGUAUUUUGUAUUCUUUCUUUUUUGAGAAUUUGUGGAAUUAAAUUAAAAUAAAAAUAAA